CACGUUCCCAGGCACAGUGAAUUCCUUUCCUGGAGGAUUCAGUGUCUCCUGUAUCCCUGGAUAGAAGAAGCUGCCCAGGGCGUGAGUGUUGUUACCACCAGCAUGAGAGUCGGAGACAUUCUGUCCAUCCCGCUUCAAAUCGGAGGAAAACUGCCAGAACUGCGGUUUGAACUCUGUCCCUCCGGUUCUGGAAGCUCACAGUGUAGAAGACUCACAGUGAGAAAUUCGAAUAUCGACGGACGGCUCAGCUUCCGCACUGAGCUUGGCUGUGAGGUGGGGGGCCGCUGUGUGGCCAUGGUCCAAGAUUUCGAUGCCAACGGGAAAGACUUCGACGUGACGUGGUUAUCUGAAAUGAUAGUGGAGUGGCAGGGACCGUCCGAGUUCCAGGCGCAGGCCACCUCGGAGCUGGUUGUGCGUGUUAUGUCGGACCGGGAAAAGAUUAGGCUCCCGAUUUGGCCCUUCACUGCCGGUACGCUGAAGAUUGAAGCUUUGGGAGCGGGCCCGGGCGUCGCGAAAAUAUAUUUCUCAGGGCCGCCCAUCGUCGCGUCCACCUCGUUGCUCGAGGGCCAGAUGACCGCGGUCCGCGUCCACGACUACUCCGAAGCGCUGCACGGCUUGCGUUUGUUGCUCUGCGACGAUGCCUCCUGCUCUAGGUUGUCACUUCAACCGUCCGACCGCGAGACCAACGGGACGUCCUUUUCCACCUGGCAGGGCUGCAACGUCCAGGGCCACGGCUGCGCGAGUGGGUCGCACGUUAAGGGCGAGGACCUCGCGUGGCCUGCCCUCACCGCACGCCAACUCUCGUUCACGGUGGAGCGCCGUGCCGAUUCCUUGGUCGUGCGGCCAGAGGGCGCAGCGAGCGACGGCCCGGCAGCCACACUGCCGGCGCGGCCCGGCGCCUACACUCUACGAGUGCGGCCCGAGACCUGGGGAGAGCGCUGGAUGCUCGUCCAGUUUCAGAAAGUGGGUGUCCCUCGAACCGCCCUCGUGGUCGGCGACCUGAAGACCGUCCGCGUCCGCAUGCCGCGUGGAGCGGUAGGCCUGCGCCUGGUGCUGUGCUCCUCCAUCGGACUCUGCGCGGCGCUCACGCUCCGGGGCUUCAAGGCGGACGGCGGGCUCAACUACCGUGCCGGGGCGCGCUGCACCUCGGAGGGCGACGCCUGCCAGGGGAACAGCCCAGAUUUCGAUGUCGGCACAGACUUCCCGGCCGGCUGGCUGGAGCUGUCGGUGGAGUGGCGAGGGCCUGCGCUGGGAAUUGCGGAGCCGACCGAGCUCCUUGUGUGGCCAAAAGGGCGUCCCGAGCAGAAGGCCAAGCUGCCCAUAUGGCCGUGGAGCGUCGGGGAGCUCGCGGUCCUCGUUGACAGGGCGGACCUCGGUGACCACAUCGCCGUCGAGUUCAAAGAUGUCGCCGUCCCGUCGGUUCCCAUGUCGCCUGGCGAUGUGACUUCAAUCAACGUCGGCUUCCUGGAGGCGCACAAGGCGGUGCGCUUCUUGCUCUGCAACGCCACCGAGUGCUCGCGACUGAGCUUCGGGGCGAAGGCGUCAUCCAGCGACACACGCGACACCAGCACGCCGUUUCCCGAUCGCACCAUGCACUUCCUCCAGAAGUGCAAUCAGCAAGGGCACUUGUGCGGAGUCGGGCAGUCGUCUAUCUUUCCCGAGCAGGAGGCCCACGUGCGGCCCGUGCUGGCGCCGGGCGAGCUCGUGUUCACGGCGGUGCGGCGGCCGCAGGGCGUGGCGCUGAGGCUGCGCGGCGGGCCCGCCCAGGAGGCUGUCCUGGACGCCCCGGAGGGCGAGACGGUGCUGCGCGUGCGGCCGGACGCGUGGGCCGAGCGGGAGAUGGCUGUGCGCUUCGCGAGCGGGGGGAGUGUUGACGGAGAGAGGGAAAACGUGGUCCAAAAUUACUUUGUAACUGUCAUAUCUCGAUCUCAAAAUCUUGAAGUAUGUGAAGAAAUCAAGAUAGCAAACUACGUCAAGAAGAACCCAGUACGAAAAGUGGUGCUUGUCACAAUUCGGGAUGAUGAUCUUCGAAGGACAGUUCCAUGGGCAUAA